UACACAUUUCAAAUGAUCCAUGGCUUGAUACUUUUUUUCCAUAAUAGCCCCCAAAUGUUAUCAGAAUGAAUUAUAUGCCAGGGACUGCAAGCCUCAUCGAGGACAUCGAUAAAAAACACCUGGUUCUCCUGCGUGAUGGAAGGACCCUAAUUGGAAUCCUCAGAAGUAUAGACCAGUUUGCCAAUUUAGUUUUGCAUCAAACAGUUGAACGCAUCCACGUCGGUAAGAAAUUUGGCGACAUUCCCCGAGGGAUAUUCGUCGUCAGAGGAGAAAAUGUUGUUUUGCUCGGAGAAGUAGACCUGGAUAAGGAAUGUGAUCAAAUCCUCCAGAGAGUGUCCAUAGAGGAGAUUUUAGAGGAGCAGAGAUCAGAGCAACAAGCCAAGCAGGAAUCUGAGAGAGUUAAACUGCAGGCAGUUAAAGAGAGAGGGUUAUCAAUCCCCAAAGCUGACACACUAGAUGAUUUCUGAGACAAAUUUACGGUUUAUUUUCUAUUUUUUUUUCCUCCAUUUCCAGUUCGACUGGAGAGUUAUUUUGGCUUAAUAGUGUUUUCAGAUAAUGAUGUAACAAGAAUGAGCGUUUGAGGCCGUGACAUGUUAAAAAGUGAUUUCUUCAUAUCUGUCAGUUUAACCAGAAAAUUAUGACGAAUGCCCCAAAUUUUUGUGUUGUUUCUUUGGAAUGAACGAAACAGAUGAUGGACCAAACUAAAGCACUUGGACAGCAGAAUUAUAGCCGAAUUUAAGUUAUGUACAAUGAUGGAAUAAAAGAAAAUGUUUAUUUCACUACUUCUGUCUUGUCACUAAGAUUUGAUGGUCGCUUUUUAAGUUGCUGCAUAAUGUAAGGUCAA